AUGUAUCGCACGGUUGUUUUGUCAUUUCUUUUGCAACUAUUGUUAUGGAAGCAGUUACAUUUAUGUCAUGCGGCAAAAACUGCUAAAUCAAAUGUUGUACAGUAUGCCCCAAAAGGAAUAUUUGCAGUACCACUUUGCUGUGAAGAACCGUGGGAUUUUGAUGGAGAUGCAGGACGAUGUAUGCUAGAUAUGGUAUAUACUUUCCCUUUUGGUAGGUCAGUAUCGCGGGAUGGGAAUUAG